AUGACCAUGGUGGUGCAGCUGCCCCUCCCUUCCGCAGGGCCGUGUGCUUUUCUCGUCUUUGUCAGUCGUCGUCCGCCGCAGCAGCCACUGACGGCCACCGUCCAGGGCAAAAGUCUUGCUGCUGUUGCCCUCUGUCGGCCGCAUGGCUCUCUGGAUCCCGGCAUGUGCGGCAUAUGCGGCCAAGUCUUGAGCAGCCGGUCGUCCUCGCCCUCCGCACGUAUAGCUCCUAAUGGAGUAACAUUAUCUGCCGGGGCGAGCGCCAUGUCGCUCGUCACCCAUGACGCCAGUCCAGAUCACGUCCCAUGGUGCCGGGGCCAUGUCUCACAUACAGAACGGGACACCCUUCACGGCGGUUGUUGCCAGGCAAGCAGGGGCCACUGGUCGCGACAUGAACUCACGCCACACCACACUACGGGAAAAUCGCCGUCGGCAGGGCAAGAGGACCCUUUUCCCAUCGGGAAACUCUCCUUCUCUCGCUUCUCUGAGCCUCUUUGCAAGCCUUGA